AUUAAAAAAAAAGAAAAUAGUUAAAUAAAUACAGAAUCAGAGAGGUUGAAGAACAAGUAGACCUUCAUCACUCGACGACGACGACGACGACCAUCAUCAUCGAUACAGCAUCACCACUUCACCGUUCCUAUCAUCUCCUCCUCAUUCUCCUGUUCGAUUCCGAGAUCCCGGCAGAUGGCAAGCUCAAAGGGAUCUCAGAACCUUAGAAACCUGCCAUACUCUGGAAAGCAGGCUUUCCUUCCUCCUAAAAGUCCAUUUCCCGGUGGUUCAACAUUCUGUACUGAUUUUGUUCCACAUGGUUUUAUUGGAUCCAAAGCGGUUCAGAAGCCUCGAGAAGGAAAUGCCCAUCAUCACCGAACAUCGUCUGAGAGCUUUCUGAUGGAGGAACAACCUUCUUGGCUUGAUGACCUUCUCAACGAGCCAGAGACUCCUGUACGAAAAGGGGGUCAUCGGCGUUCAUCAAGUGACUCGUUUGCAUAUGUAGAUGCUGCUAAUGUUUCCGAUAUGCAUUAUUCUCUUUGGGAUGAUGGUAGAAAUAAAAAUAGUUUUGCUGGACAUGCCAGAGGUCCAAAGGAGUUUGAUGACCUCAAAGACGCCCAACAUGUCUCUUUCUACCCUGCAUUUCAUUUGGCAAAGCCGAAAAAUAAAGCUUGGGAUUCAAUAUCAGAUGCUGGAGCUCGCCCUAGCAAUAGUUCUCUUUUUCUGGAGAACACUUCUGUCCCAAAUCCAGGAUCAUCCAGUGUACCAUAUGAAACAGAAAGGAUUUCAUGUGCUGUAGAUGGCAAGAUGGCUCACGCCACACAAUUCUCAAAUAAUUUCUGCAAGGUGUCUGCCGAUAAAAAGGACAAUUCUCAAGCUAAGCUUGCGGCUUCAGAGGCCGAUACAAAACGUGCUAGGCAGCAAUUCGCUCAACGCUCUCGGGUUCGUAAAAUCCAAUACAUAGCAGAGCUGGAGAGGAAUGUUCAGGCACUACAAGCAGAAGGUUCUGAAGUAUCGGCAGAGCUUGAUUUCCUCAAUCAGCAGAAUCUUAUUCUGAGCGUAGAGAACAAAACUCUUAAGCAGCGGUUGGAAAGUUUAGCACAAGAGCAGCUCAUUAAAUACUUGGAGCAUGAAGUAUUGGAGAAAGAGAUUGUGAGGCUGAGAGCCUUAUACCAGCAGCAACAACAGCUAGAACCACAGCAGCAAACAAAGAAACAAGCAUCAUCAUCUAGCCACCAGCGCUCUAAGAGCAGAGAUCUAGAGUCACAAUUCUCAAACCUUUCCUUGAGGCCCUAAGGGUUUGCAGUUCAAACCCGAAUUUGUUGUUUUAGGCAUAUGGUUGAGCUGCCUUUGCGGUAUUCCAUCAGCUUCUGAGGUGCUUCUCCAGGUUAAGAAGACAUAUCACAUUGCCUCUUGUCUCUUGUUUAUGCUUCUUAGUCAGUCCUUUAGCCCUUUGUUUGUUGACUGGUUUGACAUCCCGACCGAGCGACUGCGGCCAUUGGAAAAAAAAAACUGGUUAACCAGAGGCGGUUGCUGAAGGAAUAGUUUCUGCUCCACGGGAUCUCUCUCUUGUGUUAGGUAAUUAUGAUCAGAUAUUAACUCAAUUGUUUCAUCUCUGGUCUGCAAUCACAGUAUCCAUAUUAGGGAUUACUGGCUGCAUUCUUCUAGAGUCCUAUCUAUCUCUGUGUUUCGUCUGUAUUGUCUCAUUCCAAGAGGACAUGUCAUGUAAAGUGUGUAGUGGUGAUAUGAUAUAAGCUCUUUUGCCUUUGCAAAGGUUGGCUUUGUUGUAUGAUCUGAUUCAGCUGUCUGUGUAAUUUCAAACUCUCCUAUUUCUAUAAGAAAUCCGAGUUUGAAAUCUU